AUGGAGGAGGGGAAGAAGUCGGCGGUGUCAGAUGUGGGGGCGUGGGCCAUGAACGUCGUCAGCUCGGUGGGCCUCAUCAUGGCCAACAAGCAGCUCAUGUCCUCCGCCGGCUACGCCUUCUACUUCGCCACAACGCUAACUGGGUUCCACUUUGGCGUAACUGCAUUUGUGGGUUUUGUGUCGAAUGCUACCGGAUUUUCUUCUGCAAAGCAUGUUCCUCUGUGGGAACUUCUCUGGUUUUCUAUUGUUGCCAACACAUCCAUCACUGGGAUGAACUUGAGUCUCAUGCUCAACUCUGUUGGAUUUUAUCAGAUCUCGAAGUUGAGUAUGAUUCCAGUUGUCUGUGUGAUGGAGUGGAUCCUUCAUAGUAAAAACUACUCUAAAGAAGUGAAGAUGGCUGUGGUGGCAGUUGUUGUUGGUGUUGGUGUCUGCACGGUGACGGAUGUGAAAGUUAAUGCUAAAGGGUUUCUGUGUGCUUGUGUUGCAGUAUUGUCAACAUCCUUGCAACAAAUUUCAAUUGGUUCCUUGCAGAAGAAGUAUUCAAUCGGUUCUUUUGAACUGCUGAGUAAGACGGCCCCAAUACAAGCUAUUUCUCUUCUGCUUCUUGGACCUCUCAUAGAUUACUACCUUAAUGGCAAAUCUAUAAUAAAAUACAACUUUUCUUCUGGUGCUAUUUUUUUCAUACUUCUCUCAUGUGCACUUGCCGUAUUCUGCAACAUGAGCCAGUACCUCUGCAUUGGCCGUUUCUCAGCAACCUCAUUCCAGGUUCUGGGUCAUAUGAAAACCAUCUGCGUGCUCAUGCUUGGUUGGUUAUUGUUUGAUUCUCAGCUGACACUGAAAAAUAUAAUGGGAAUGGUGAUAGCUAUUGUGGGGAUGGUUAUCUACAGCUGGGCUGUGGAGUUGGAGAAGCAAGCAAAUGCUAAGAUUGCUCUCACCAAAACUAGCCUAACCGAAGAUGAAAUCCGCCUUUUGAAAGAUGGAGUGGACAUUGCACCUGCAAAAGAUGUAGAGCUUGGGGAAACAAAGGCCUAAUUGUAGCUUGUGGUUUAAUGAAGCAUCCAAUAUUGGGCUGGGUAUGGUUGAGCCUUGAGGGAUUCAGGCCAUGAAAGGUCAGCCCCUUCUUAUAUUGUUAAAAUUCUUUGUAAUAGGGGUAGUUUGCCAGCAUCAGAAGGUGGAGAUCUAAAGGUUGUGUUCGUUACUACCAUAAUAUCCUAGGCUGCAUAACACUCCAUUUUAUUUGUUUUCUCAUGCAUGGUUUCCAAGGUAGGAUAGAGUAUCCUAUGGAAACACAGUAAUAUUUAUCUUCAUAGAAUGACAUUUAGCAAAUCUUUUUUAUUAAAUUAAAUUUGUUCAUUUCGAUGUUGAAAUGAAUGAUGUUCUAUGAUCUGGUUUUUGUUUCUAA